AUGCCGUGGUACCAUCAAUACAUGAUCAGCUUUGAUAAAUACCACCCUGAUAACUUCGGUAAGGUCAGUACGACGCAUUACCACCUGCAGAGAAAUCGGCAUUAUUGUCCCACAAAUAACUUGGACAAACUGUGGAUCUUGGUCAGUGAACAGACCAUACUGAACCACGCUAAGAACCCCAAUGAACCAGCACCAGCCAUUAACGCAGUGCACGCCAGCUAA